AGUAUGAAGUUAUGAGUGAUCAAAGUCAGGUUUCUCAGAUUGACACGUUUGACUGUUUCUCCACAGCAGCCUCACGUUACCGUCAGCAGCCAGGAAACAGAUUUCAGUCUCUGGGCUCAAAAUGAGUGAAGCAGACAAAUUAGACCACAGAGCUUUGAAAGGUCACGACCCCGCCUCCUCCAGUCGCUGUGAGGUCUUCGUAUCUGCAGAUGAUCCGUUUUCUGUGUGUUUGCUUUAAAACGACUCCGUGAUCAUUACCUGACAGGAGAACGUGAUGCACCUGUCUGAAGCUGCCUCUGCUCGCGUGCUCGUUCCUCUCGCUUUGCUCUGAAUAUUCAUGAAUAAGAGUUCAAAAUAAACACGACUCACAUUCUUUCUUCCUGCUGGUCGUUUUUAAACCGUUUCUGAUUUCUGGGGCUGACUUUCAGUGUUUGCAGCUCGUCUGGAAGCCUCGGCGCUCAGCGGCGAGCCAUGACAUCGUGUCUGCUGGAGCAGCAGCUUCAGUCAGACUGUGCUGACCUGUGUGUCAGCAGUUACCAUGGAGACAGUAGUGGGCCACGUCGGGAGGAAGGUGAUGCUGCCGUGUCGCACAGGGGAGGUCAAACAGGGCGGAGUGGAGGUGUGCUGGGGGCGGGGCAAACCUUCACUGUUCACCUGCCACAACGCUGUGAUCAACAGUGCUGCAGCCCGCAUCACUUACAGGAAGUCAUACAGGUACUCUGUGUCUGCCUCCUCCUCCUCUCUGUCCAUCUUCCACUCCCGGCCGUCAGACUCGGGUUUCUACCACUGCAGAGUUCAGGUGCCCGGACUCUUCAACGACCAGACCUUCACCGUCCACCUCAUCAUCCUCAGCAGCCCUCGCUCUGUGGCCGUAACAGAAAACACUGAGCUCUCAGACGGGGACCUGAACGCACCGCACACCACCGCAGGUCACAUCGCCUGGGAGGCAGGAAGUGACAUCACAGGAGACGACACCACGCAGCCAGUGGUGGCUCUGGUUCAGUCAUCUGAGCAGCAGGUAAACAUUCUGCAGACGUUUGUUGGAAACACAGUGAGAGCUUCCUCCCUCAUCUUCAUCCCAGCUCUGCUGCUGACCGCAGCUUACAGAGUCUGGAGGUCCAAACAGGAAGCAAAGAGGAGGCCAGACCAAUCAGAGGAGGAGGAGGAGAGCAGCGCCGUGUGAGACCGACCUGAUUAUGAAAGUGUUUGAAUUCCCAUCUGGAACGUCUCGGAAAGCCUCAGUCGAACAUUCUCUGCACAAGAAGCAAAAUAAAUCUGCUGCACUCACCUCAGGAGUGAUGUCACUCCUGGGUUCUGACAUCAGAGGCGUCACACGCCACAACACGACAUUAAUCCAGGUGGACGCCCUCGUCCCUGAGGACACGUGUCCUCUGUGAGCUGUGACAGGGCCGACGUUUGUUAAUAAACUCCAUCGUCAGACUGCGUUUAAUGUGUUUAAUAAAGUUUUCAUGUAAACAGUGAAGCACUCACUCAGUGUAACUCAGGUAACUGACUCCACCUGUCUGGCAUCAUCAACCACGUACCUUCAGUCAGCUUUUAGCCUCAUGCUCGGUCUGCGCUCCAGCAGGUCAUCUCCACACGUCUGCAUUCCUAAAUGCUGUGAGCUGGCCUGUGAUUGGCUGAUUAAAUAUUUGGACUAAUGGUGUACCCAAUAAAGUGGCUGCUCUGCCUGUUUCCUUGUUCUUGUGCUUCACACAGUUCGCAGAACUUUGUAAGGAAGCUGCUGAUAACAGUAAAAACGUUGGCUCAGGUCUCACCACGCUGAGCUGCCACUUUAU